GCGAAUGACGCUAUGGGGAGAGCGUACCUUUACUUUUCCAGCCGAAUCUUUUCCCAAUGGGAUCUUUCUAAUUCUUUCCCAUUUUAUAGAAUAUAAGGCUACUUAGCAUCCUCUUUUAUAUGCUAUUGUCGGUCUUAGCAUAGCCACGCUAUCUUACAGUCUAGCAACAGCACCAAAUUUACCCACAACGACUGGGUUAGCACCGCUAGCUACUUUUGCUAACGCUAGAAAACCUAAUUAAAUUAGUAUCAAUAAUGCCAGAAACAUCACUCGCAGAAAAAUAUUACGCUCACAUCCCUUGCUGACUUUUCAGACUAUCGGGUGAGCUAUGUUAGAACUGCCUGACAAAAAUGGCUGAUACGGUCCUGCAAGUCGGUACUGGCGUUUUCGUUAUCGCCCUUGUUUGGAUUGUGGCUCUCGUGUUUAUAUCGAUGCUUCUGAGAGCAUCCGGAUCUGCAAAGUUAGGAACCAUUCCGGUUUUCCUCCUGGCUCUCGCCAUCACUUUGACAUUGGUGUUAUUCCCUCGCAGCCCUGAGACACCUUCCCCUUUCAAAGAAAUCGAGAUAGUAGACACUUUGUUCAUCGGCCGCUACGUGCUUCUGGCUGUGGUGAGCGUAGUGUUCGUGGUGACAUUCUUCAUCAUGCUCCCCUUUCAUUUCCUGGAGCCGGUGUAUGCCAAGGCCUUAAGAACACACUAAGCUGCCAGCAUCGAAGAUGGCACCGGGAUCGCAACCCUGAUGGAACUAGAAAACAAGCAAGGCUGGUGUGCAGCAAGAAACUCUUUAAAUGUGGGGAAACGGACCAAAGAAGGCAUCUAAACAAAGGGCCAGAAAGGUCUGCAUGGACUACCGUGCAGGUUGUUAAGGAAGCAACACUGCUGUAGUUGUUUCUUUGUGUUUCAUAUUAUUAAAUCCAUAAAUACACAAUAGUUCUACUUGAUGUAUGUAAAGUGGAAAUAAACUCUGUCAAGCA